CUUUUGGUUUUCUGCUUUCUUUCUCUUUCCUGUUUUGGUACAUCAUUACACACAUAGCUGGGCGGCCAUUUGUCAUCUUUCGAUCUGUUGGAAACAUCUAUACCCCGGCGGGGCUUGGAGCUUUUGCUAUGCUUGGGUUGCUACGCGAGGAGGUAGCGGCCCCCUUUGAUGUUUGGUUGCGCAGGAGGACUUGGGAGCCAGGCUAUCGAUGUCUAUUACGCUCAUGUUUCAUGAUGCUAUCUGUUUGGAGCUGUUUGGUCUAUACACGCAUCGCUUGCAUAUAUUGGCUGUAUUGGGUACUAGCGCGCGUGUUUCGGCACUGUUGCAAUGCACACACAGCGAGGGGUCGGGCCUCGCAUCAGCACUGCUAUACUUGCCAUUUCGAUACAAUUCAGGCGCACACGCAUUGCAAUGUCAUGUCAUGUAUGGCACACGAGCAUUUGUCUUUCGGAGUCGAGAGCCGUGCAAUCGGCGCACGGCGGAUGGUGAGGAGGCUGGACGUCGGGGCUACUUCCGAGACACGAGAUGCGCGCGGAACAAGCGCCAAAGUCCCAACUCCCCUCCCCAUGCAAUGUUUUGCGGCAUGCCGUGGCAUGGCAUGGCAUGGUGCCGCAGUGCGUGCCCCCGCGCUUGCUAUCCAGACCUCGGAUGCCAACCUCCAGUAACGUCGGAUGUGCUUGAUUUGAUCUACCUGAUCUACACGCAUCGCAUCGCAUCGCAUCUCACAUCUCGUGUAUGUAGACGCGGGCGCCCUCCGCCAGCGCAGCAUCGCCCAACCCAUACCAAAAACCACAGCCAGACGACGCCCAACGACAGUCCGUUCCUGGAUUGCGACCCAAGGUCGGCCCGGCGCCCACGUGCCGGCGCCCGCUGCCCGCGCAUGUGGGGCCCUCUCGCUAGCUCUAGCGACUACGAGUCCACUGGCUGGAUGCGGAUUCGGGAAUCGCACGCUGUUCGCUCCGAGGCGCGCCGUUGGACCCAGGACCGCAGAGGGGGGUUCCGAAGGCGUCUGGACACGGGGUUGAGGUUGGGGAUUGUGGAGAUGAGGGCUCGUGUUUGGGGUCAACUGGGUCGACGGCAGUUGGGUGCGGAUGGAAGGAGGGCGCAGGAUCUCGGCCGAAUGGUGCUGCGAGCGUAUGGGUUACGGGAUCCGGGCUGGCAGGGCAUGGGAUUGCACGGGAUGGUGGACGCGUUGUGCUGUGAAGCUUGCCGCGUGACGCGUGCGUGCGUGCGUGCGUGCGUGCGGCGACCGUGGCUCUCCUGGCACCACGGAAGCGGACCCUGGGGCUCAUCACUGAUCAGCGGUCGCCCAGCGUUGCAUUGCGUGCGUUGCGAGUGUUUCUGUCAUGGACGCGGUGUGGUUGGGCAGCAAGAUCGUCGUGAUCUCUGGACCGCGACCGCCGUUAGAUCGCGGCGGGGCGAUGCCAGUCUCGAAUCUCUGAGGCCCUCCUGAAAAACAGAGAGCAGGUACUGCGACAGUUAGGCGCGAAGAUUUGCUCGCUGGCUUCGCUGAAAAAGCCUAUCUCGUGGUCCCUGGCGGAAGAUGUCGAUAUCACAACUCGGAAGCAUGUGACCGUGUCAUUUUGCGUGCACCGCUCGUGAUCCGCACAGACGCUGCUGUUCUCCGCCGCCCCUCCAGAGCCAAUAGUUGCGUGCUCGCCAUACGCAGCUGGUAUUAUAACUGCCCGUGCGGUAUCGAAAGA